ACAACAAUCUGUGCUCCAAAAUUGAAAGUCUCAAUAAAUAAUUUACAAAAUUACUCAGUGAUGUCAUGUAUAUUUAAAUAAACAAUUAAUAAACACAAAAUAUAAUCACACUGCAUUAAAAUAACAAUGACAUCUUACGUAAAAGAAGACGCUGGAACUUUUAUAGCAGCUAGUCAACGACCAGAUGGUACCUGGAGAAAACCAAGAAGAGUCAGAGAUGGAUAUGUACCACAAGAUGAAGUCCCACUUUAUGAAAGUUUAGGAAAACAAUUUUCUAAAAAUAAACCAACAUUUCCACCAGGAAUGUCUGCUGAAUAUGUUGCUGCUCAUAAAGCUAAAGUUGAUGCUGAAACAAAAAUAAUUCCUGGCUUAGUUAUUGUUGAUGAACCAAAAAAGAAAAAGAAGAAAAAUAAAACUAAAACUGUUCAAUCAUUGGCUAAUGAUUUAGCUGUUACAACAAUCACUGAACCUGCUGAUAAACCUAAAAAUCAAGCAGCUAAUAAUCAAAAAAUGCAAAAACAAACAAAAAAAUCAACAAAACCACAAGCAGCACCAUCAACUAGACAAGAUAGUCAAUCACAUCUUAGUGAUAGUAUGAAAAGACUUAAAAAUUUACGUAAAAAAUUACGUGAAAUUGAAUUACUUGAGAGUAAAAUUAAAAAUGGUGAUAUUAAAAAUCCAGAUAAAGAAAUUUUAGAUAAAAUAGGCAAAAAAAAUGAUGUUCAAGAUGAAAUUAAGACACUUGAAUCAAAUCAAUAAUUAAUUUUUUAAUUUUAUAUGCAAUAUAACUUAAAAAAUAAUUCAUUUUAACAAAAAAAAAAAUAAAAUAUCAAU